CUUCUUCACGCCCUCCCCCGUCCUUCUCUCCAGGUUUUCAAUCGACAACGACACCUGUGAUAACCUGCACAUCUGUUCUACACCCACACUCGAACCCCGCGACAUCAUGAGCGGCCUACGAAACGGCGCAGACAAGGUGCAAGAGAAGGAGGAGACGAGGACCAUCUCCGAGUCCAUCAACGAAGGCCAGGCCCAAACACGGGCCCGCGUCAAGAAUGGAGUCCCCCAUUACAUGGGGCUCGCCGGUGACCCCCUCCUUUUGAUGAUCACCGGGAUCGCUACUUGUGGUUUCUUGCUUUUCGGCUACGACCAGGGAGUCAUGUCAGGCAUUGUCUCUGCCCCACAGUUCUUCCGCAUCUUCCCUGAUCUCAACCCCGCGAACGUGGGGAAGAACCAGGCUUCGGUCAUGCAAGCAUUCUACACGGCGAUCUACGAAGUUGGCUGCCUCGCAGGCGCCAUCUUCGCUCUCCUUUUCGGUAACAAGCUCGGUCGUCGGAAGAACAUCAUGGCUGGUGGCUUCUGGGUGAUCAUCGGCACCAUUAUCCAGAUCACCUGUAUACCUGGCCACCUCGCUGGCCACCAGUUCGUCAUCGGUCGUAUCGUCACUGGCUUCGGCAACGGUCUUAACACCGCGACGAUCCCGUCAUGGCAAGCAGAGUGCUCCAAGUCGCACAACCGUGGCUUGCACAUCUGUAUCGAGGCCUCCAUGAUCGCUACCGGCACCGUCAUCGCCUACUGGGUGGAUUUCGGCUUGUCGUACAUCGACACGUCUCUGUCCUGGCGCCUCCCCAUUGGCCUUCAGAUCAUCUUCGCCGUUAUCCUCAUCUUCGGCACUCUCUACCUCCCGGAGUCCCCGCGUUACCUCCUCUCGACCCGCCAGUACGUCGAGGGUGAGAACGUCGUCGCAGCGCUCUCUGCUCUGCCGACCGACCACGAGGACACGCAGCUCCAGAAGCGCGUCAUCGUCGAGGCUCUCGAGUCCAUCGGCCAGCUCGAGAUCAAGCACGUCUUGACUGGCGGCCCGUCGCAGCAUCUCCGCCGUACGCUCGUCGGCGCGUCCAGCCAGCUCUUCCAGCAGAUCGGUGGUUGCAAUGCCGUCAUCUACUUCGCCCCUGUCAUCUUCGAGGACUACAUCGGCUUGGAGCGUCGUCUUGCGCUUAUUCUCGGUGGUGUCAACGCGACGGUCUACGCCUUGGCUGCUUUCUUCUCGUACCCGAUGAUUGAGCGCCUCGGUCGUCGCAAGAUGUUCUUGUUCGGUACCGCUGGCCAGGCCGGUGCUAUGAUCCUCUCCAUGGCCUGCCUCAUCCCGUACGAUGUCUUGGAUGACAAGGACAGCAGCGCGACGUACGGCGCUGUCGUUGGUCUCUUCCUGUUCCUGAUCGCGUUCGGCUGCACUUGGCUCGAGCUCCCCUGGCUCUACCCCGCCGAGAUCUCGCCCAACGCUAUCCGUACCAACGCCAACGCCAUCUCCACGAUGACCAACUGGUCCUGGAACUUCGCCGUCGUGAUGUGGACGCCUCCCAUGCUCGCCGCUUGGGGUGGCUUCGGCACCUUCUUGUUCUUCGGCAUCGUCAACCUCUGCUUCUUCCCCUUCAUCACGCUCUUCUACGUCGAGACGAAGGGCCGCUCGCUCGAGGAGAUCGACGUCAUCUUCGCGCGCGGCUUCACCAACAGCGAGUGGUACGUGCACGUCGCGAACACGAUGCCCAAGCUCUCGCACGCCGAGGUCGAGCGCGAGGCGGCGCAGUACGGUCUUGCCCUCGACGAGGAGAAGCACGUCGGCUCGGUGCAGAGCCAGUGAUCGGAUGUCGUAUGCAUGCAUACUUUUCGUAUCCCGGAAAACACUUUCUAGCUGCGACAUCGCUUUGCUUGACGCUCGUGCACCUCUGCCGCGUUAAUGUGUAUUACUAGCACCUAUAUCCCCGAGGCACGACGACCAUCCUAGAUGAUAUAUCUAGAUGAAUGACAAGUAGAUGAUUGCAUCUUCUUCACCAUUGUAUUAUUACUAACCUCAUCAUCGCUCUGUCUCUGUAUGCAUUUAGCAGCGCUGCAUUUUUUCCUACUAGCUACAUACAUAGUCUCGCAAUGAAUGCAUUCAUGACAUGACUACGAAA